AUGUCCUUUCUUUUUUUUUUUCCUUUUUCUUUUCAUUUUUCUUUUUUCUUUGCUUCUUUUUCUUUUUUAAUUUUAUUUUCGAUUCUUUUAAUUUCUCUUUCUUUCUUUUUUUUUUAUUUCUUUCUUUUUACUCAGUUAAUUAUUCUUUUUUUUUUUUUUUUUUUUUUUCAAUGUCCUUUCUUUUUUUUUCCUUUUUCUUUCAUUUUUUUCUUUUUCUUUGCUUCUUUUUCUUUUAAUUUUAUUUUCGAUUCUUUUAAUCUCUCUUUCUUUCUUUUUUUUUCUAUUUCUUUCUUUUACUUAGUUAAUUAUUUUACCUCUCCCUCUUUCUUCUCUUCUUUCGUUUUUUUUUUUUUGCCUUUUCUUUCUUUUUCGUUUUUCGUUUCUUGUUUUUUUUUAUUUACUUUCGAUUCUUUUACUCUGUCUUUCUUUCAUUUUUUAUUACUUUUCUCUCCCAAUUUGUCUUUGUUUCCCUUUUCCUUCUCCCUUUUAUCACUGUUUUACCCGGAUUUGCCCUUUCUCUCCAUUAACUCUUUGUCUUUCUAUUUUCAUUUUUUUUUUUUUUUUAUUUCUCUGAAUUCUUUGGUUAUUUUUGUUUGUUUGUUUUUCUGUUAUUCUUGUUUUUUGACAGUUUUCUAUCUGUUUUUUUUCUUCCUAACAACUAAUAUUAUAUUGCUUUUUUUCUCACUUUUUCUUUCUUUUCUUUCUUUCUCUCUUUUCUUUCUUUUCUUUCUUUCUUUCUUCCUUCCUUUCUUUCUUUUUCUAUCUUGUUUUUUUUUCUUUCUAACAACUAAUAUUAUAUUGUCUUUUUUCUCACUUUUUCUUUCUUUCCUUUCUUUCUUUUCUUUCUUUCUUUCUUUCUUUCUUUCUUCCUUUCUUUCAACCAAUGAAUAUUACUUAUUAAUUAUUUUAUUCUUUCUUUUAUAG